AAAAGAGUAUGACAAAGUAAAGCUUUUGAUACAGCAGAAGCAGUGAGCCACACAAGCUGCUUCUUCUUCUGCUCCACCGUGUCCUCCUCUCUCCCUCUUCUUCUUCUUCUCUUCAUUCUCCAUUUUGCUUCUUCUUCUUCUUCUUCUCUCUCUUUCUCUCUCUGACACCAACAAUGGCGAGACUUACCUUGAGACCACACAAUCACCUCUUCACCUCCUCCUCCUCUCCUAUCCACGCACAUAAUCAACCUUUCCUCUCCCUCUACACCAUCUUCCCCCACCGUAAUUACCACAAUCCUCUUCUUAAAUCAAGGGUUAAGUGCUCCGCCAGUGGUACUGAACGAGUCAGAGAGAGCAAGAAGCUUCCUCCUAAGAACCCUAUCGAAGACCCUAAACCUCAGCUUACGGUUCCGAGUUCCGAUUCCGAAAUUUUGAGUACGGAAACGGGCUUGGAACAGAAUUGGCCUCCAUGGAAAAACGUACCUCAGAGAUAUAAGCUUAUCGGCGCUACUUCCCUCGCCUUUGUUAUCUGCAAUAUGGACAAGGUGAACUUGAGUAUUGCUAUAAUACCAAUGUCACACCAGUUUGGGUGGAGCUCGUCUGUGGCCGGCCUGGUCCAGUCAUCUUUCUUUUGGGGUUAUGCCUUGAGUCAGUUGCCUGGAGGCUGGCUUUCCAAGAUUUUUGGGGGCAGAAAAGUACUUGAGAUUGGUGUAUUUACAUGGUCCUUUGCUACAGCUCUUGUUCCGCUGCUUGCUGGAUUCAUGCCUGGUUUAAUCUUUUCUCGGAUUUUGGUGGGAAUAGGAGAAGGUGUAUCCCCAUCAGCUGCGACAGACCUUAUUGCCAGGACGAUACCUGUUAAGGAGCGCUCAAGGGCAGUAGGCUUUGUUUUCGGAGGACUGAGUUUGGGAAGUGUUUUGGGGCUUCUCUUGGCUCCUCCCAUUAUCGAAACCUUCAAUUGGGAAUCUGUCUUUUACUUGUUUGGUCUCCUUGGUGUUGGCUGGUUCGUCGGGUUUCAGUUUCUUAAUAAAGAAGAAGUUUCAUAUGAAGGUAAUGAGAUCUCUACUUCGCAUAAAUCAGAAAACACUACACAGGAAGAGAUGGGGAACUCAUUGAAGGAGAUUCCAUGGAAGUCGUUUUUCCAAAGCUCAGCUGUUUGGGCGAUGAUAUACACUCACUUUUGUGGAAGUUGGGGUCACUACACCUGUUUAUCUUGGCUACCUACUUAUUUCAGUGAGGCACUGGAUCUAAAUUUGACAGAAGCUGCUUGGGUUUCCAUCCUUCCUCCACUAGCUUCGAUUGUCGUGACAAGUCUUGCUUCACAAUUUGCUGACUACUUAAUAACAAAUGGAGUUGAGACUACCACGGUCCGAAAGAUUUGUCAAACUAUUGCGUUUGUGUCACCAGCGAUAUGCAUGACACUUUCAUCUGUGGACAUUGGAUUGCCACCAUGGGAAAUUGUAGGAAUCUUGACAGCAGGCUUGGCCCUAUCAAGUUUUGCUUUAUCAGGACUUUAUUGUACUCAUCAGGAUAUCUCACCCGAAUAUGCAAGCAUACUUCUGGGUCUUACCAACACAGUGGGGGCAGUACCUGGAAUUGUAGGUGUGGCCUUAACUGGCUUUCUCCUGGACUCGACCCAUUCUUGGACUAUGUCUCUAUUCGUGCCAUCAAUAUUCUUCUAUGUAACGGGGACUAUUGUAUGGUUGGCAUUUGCUAGCAGUGAGCCUCAGACGUUCACUAAGGAAGAUUCAUAGGUUUUGUUUUUCAACUUUUUUUUUUUGGGAAAAGAAAAAGACAUGUAGACUUUUAUUAUUGUAUAGGUAAAAGGAAUGGUAAAUUUUGGCAAAAACGAAAAGAGCAGUGGUAAUUUUGUUCACUGCCUUAUCCUGGUUUUUGCAUAGUUGCAAAUGAAUUGAAAAACCCAAAGUGUUAAUGGUAAAGCGUGUGCAUCUGUCUCGA